AGAGCAGGUGGAUACUGAUGACUGUGCGGUUUGUCCAGAGACACAACUUAGCGACAACGACAGCACACAAGAUCUGAUGAUCGCCACCAACGACGGAGCAGAGCUGCAACCUAAAAGUCCCGAGAAGCCUGAAGUGGAAAUGAUUCUCCAGGUCGAUUCUCCAGCCGUGCAGGAGACGCAGGGAGAGGCGGAGAUGAUGGAGGUGGACGCUCCGGCCGUAACGGAGACGGAGGGAAACAACCCUGUCAGCAGCCAAAAGGUGACGAAGGAGGAAGAGGAGAGAGGAGAUCCAGAUGUGGAGGAGAUAAAGGACAGACGGCUUCCAAGAUCGACGUCUCCUGAGCUGGAGCUGCUCGUCGUCCCUCGGAACACCGAAAACAACGUGGACUGUCCCAUCUGUCAGAGAUCGUUUCCCGUGACGGAGAUCGAGAUGCACGCGGCUUACUGCGACGGAGAAGUGGCGGUCAUGGACGAGAAGAGAGCCGAGGCCGAAUCCAGAGUGUCUUUGAAGCCUCGAAGGAAGAGAACGAGGAGAGCUGCUGAAGAGCCGACUGACCGCUCCGACGCUGCCAGGAAUCAGGAGAAAUGUUUCAUCUGUCAGAAAGCCGUUCCUCUGAGAGACUACAGCCGACACACGGAGCUCUGCAUCCAGCAGCAGGCGUCCAGGACCACAGCGAAGGGAAACCUGCUGUCGGCUCUGCAGCACACAGAGAACCGAGAUUCAGAGGCCGGUCCGUCUGGAUCCAGGCUGCAGACCGCAGAUGUGAUCGAUCUGCGGGACGACGAUGACGACAAUGAAGAUGAUGAUGAGGAGGGGAAAGAUGAAGGUGGAGGAACGGGACAACGGUUCAGGAUCAGCAACUCUCCCAUCAGAUCCUUCACUCCCAUCUCAGAAGCCAGCGGCUGCCUUAUCAACUUCAGAAAACAGCAGCCGGCCAAGAAGCCGAGCCAAAGACGAAGAUGAGGAUGACGAGGAUGAUGACGA